AUCAAUGAGGCUGCAGAGCCUCCUUCCUCUUUUCUUUUCUCCAUUCUUCUUCUGUCCUAAAAUAUCAAGAUAACAGCAAAUAAAACGAUGACUUACUCGUUGAUUGCAAUUACCCUGGGGCUGGCAGCUCUUGCAUUUUUUCAACUCAGUAAGAUUGGUCGGAGGCCUAAGGAUUACCCUCCAGGACCUCCGACCCUCCCUUUGAUCGGAAAUCUCCAUCAGAUGCCUGGUAAGAAUGGGCACCUUCAGUUUCAGAAGUGGGCGCAGGAGUACGGUCCGGUGUACUCCCUUAUCCUCGGCACCAAAGUUAUGAUUGUUCUUUCCUCCGACCAGUCUAUCAAAGACCUCUUGGAUAAGCGGAGUAACAUUUACUCCUCUCGUCCUGAGAUGUAUCUCGGUCAGAUCGUUAGUGGUUACCUACGAGUUCUUUUAAUGGAGUAUGGCGAUACGUGGAGAAUGAUCAGAAAGAUGAUCCACAACAUAUUGAACAUCAAAGCUGCCAAGUCAUACGUUCCCUACCAGGAUCUCGAGAACAAGCAGAUGCUCCUAGGGCUUCUUGAACAACCUGAAUUGUUUGUAGGGCACAUCCGUCGCUAUACCAAUUCUCUUACGACGCAGAUGGUUUUCGGGUUUCGAACCAUCAGUAUCGAUGAUCCCAAAUUGAUUCAAUUAUUUCAUGGCUUCGAAAAAUUCUGCGAAGUUACUGCCACGACUACUGCAGCAUUGCUCGAUCUCUUUCCGAUCCUGAAAGUUCUCCCGGAUUUCAUGCUCCCCCUCCGCGCAUACUCGAAGGAGCUUCACAAGAGAGAACGGGAACUUUAUGUUGGGCAUUGGAUGAACGUCAAGGAGAAAAUCAAAACCGGUGUUGCGAAGCCCUGCUUCUGUGUCGACUUGGUCAAAGCCCAAGAUGUUGAGGGGUUUUCCGAUGCUUUAGCAGGAUAUAUUUCCGGUUCACUCCUUGAGGCCGGCUCUGACACUACAGCUGCCACCCUUAUCGGUUUUGUCCAGGCCAUGGUCGUGUUUCCCGGGGUUCAAAGAAAGGCACAAGAGGAAAUAGAUCGCGUUUGCGGCGAAAGGUAUCCAACCAUGGACGAUGAGCGAGACUUGCAGUAUAUCCGAGGCUGUGUCAAAGAAAGCAUGCGCUGGAUGCCAACAGAUAUUCUCGGUGUACCACACGCGGUCAUCAAGGACGACGAGUACAUGGGGUACAAAAUUCCCAAAGGUGCGGGUGUAAUGUGGAAUGUCUGGGCCAUCCAUAUGGACCCCAAGCGCCACCUUAAUCCUCGCGCUUUCGAUCCUUCUCGCUACGCCAACGACUUUCAAACUGCAUCCGAAGCUGCCUCGAACUCUGACGCCUCGAAACGUGAUCAUUUCGUCUUCGGUGCCGGUCGUCGCCUCUGCCAGGGCAUGCAUAUUGCUGAACGCUCGCUCUUCCUAGGGAUUUCACGUAUGCUAUGGGCUUUCAAUUUUGAGAAGGCUCGUGAUGAGGAGGGCAAAGAGAUCAUUCCCGACAUUGAUAAGUUGACAGAAGGCUUGUUUGUCUUUCCACAACCUUUCCCAGCAAAGAUCUCGCCGAGGAGUGAGAAGCAUGCCAGGAAGAUUAGAGAAGAGUGGGCCAGCGCACAGGAGUUGUUGGAUGAGCAGAAGCAAUGGAAGGAGGUUCCCAAGGGGAUGGUGUUUAGCACCUAUACCCCAGAUAUUGAGGCAAAACAUUAAGGGCUUUGAGGAAGUUCAGAUGGAAGUGACUUGAAGAAAAGACUUUUCGGAGAUCCAGCUGGCAUAUGUUGAUGACACCCCUAUCUAAGCGAGCCUGAUAUUUUUGAAGUUCUCCUUCAAAGUCAUCAUACGCUAUGAUACGGGUCGGUUCCCAAGGCAGAACAGAAAUCAUCCAGAAGAAUGAAUACGAUCGGUGUUCAAAUUAGCCAGAGCUAGGAUGAAAAGAGGAAGUUAGUAAAGCUUUUGUUGCAUGUCGCAUUUUUCAACACUUAUAAUUGAAUCUCAU